UCAUUCAUUCUAGUCAUUCAAUCAAAGCUGUUUAGCAAGAUGGCGUGUCGGCGUCGUUGUUCGUAUCUAUGAUCGAAAUAAAAAUUACUUAGAUAGUUUAGAAUAUGGUAUAGCAACUAAUUUAUAUAAGAAAUCUAGUGCGGUUAUUGUAUUUUCUGUGAAAAUAUUGUUAUAAUAGUGAUUAUGGCCGCAAAAUCUUCGGAAUGGCGACCGGGCCCUACGGUUUGCCGUUGUUGUCUUACAGAAGGUUGUUACAAAGACAUUUCUACUGAAUAUUUUUGGAUGGGAAAGCGAGAAGUGUACGCAGAAAUGUUAAAGGAAACCUUAGAAGUAACUAUCUCAUAUUCGAAGACCGGUGGGCCGAACAGCAACAGCCGACUGAUCUGCGAGCCUUGCAUAUCAAGGCUCCGUGAUGCCACGGAGUUCAAGAGGCAAGUCGUGGAGUGUGAACGCGUGUUUAUGCAGCAUUUGGACCCGGGCAGCACCAGUCUGGACAUUGAGGUGGACUCGGAGCCGAUGGAGAAGAUCAAAAUAGAAGGUGUGAAGCUUGAGAAGAGUCACAGCGAUGACGAGGAAUUCGGCGAUCGACAUUUUGGCGAUGACGACGAUGAUGACGAUGACGACCUUGACAACCAACCGUUGACAAAACUGGCGAGCAGAGUGCCCAAAAAGGAAUCGGUGGAUCUCCUGGACUUGCUCGAUACCUCAAAACCGGCACAGAAGAGGAAAUCAACGGUUAAAGUUAAACCGCCACCAUCUAAAAAGGCUAAAACAAAAAUCGAAGCGGCCAAAGCGAAGCCCUCUAGCAGCAAAGCGAAACCGGAGAAGAAAAAGAAAGGAAUCACCACUCUCAAAACAAUGGAAACGCACGAGCAAAUGCCUUCAACUUCCAGUACAUCAAUGGAGACAGAGGAUAUCGUGCCGUCAACGUCUGCAGUACCUUUCCUUGUUCCACACACCACCUCUACCGCCAGAACGAAUGCUCAGCGACAACGUGAGUACAGACUACGUCAAGCAUUGACCAGAACUCCUGAACAAGUAAGAGCCUUUGCAAAAGCGGCUGCGGAGAGGCAACGCAGGUUCAAGCUACGUAAAUCUGCUAACAUAGCCCUCACCAGCGGUACGUCAGAGUCACCUGCUUCAACGUCUUGUUCUGUGGUGGAGAGAACAAGCGUUCCUGUCGUGGCGGAGAGAACGAGCGUUCCCCUAACUAACGCUCAACGGCAACGUGCAUUCCGACAACGUAGAGCAGCAUCUUCUCGGACUGAUGUACAACCGAAUACUUCUUCAAGCCAAACAGCAAUACAACUGGAACAAUCCACCUGGUAUACCAAAUGGUCAUUGUCAAUACGGAGAUUUCAAUCUACUUUCCUGGACAACGAUUUUGGCCAUGCUUGCUCGGUUUGUGACAGAUUGUGGUUCAAGAAUGACCUUAAAACCAUCACUGCACUACAACUGAAGGUAAUCUCGGAUUGGUACGUUAAGGAAAAUCGGCAGCUACGCAAGGAGGAUUAUACAAAGUCUUGCAACACCUGUAGACAAUCACUGAAUAAGCGUAAGCUUCCUACUCUCGCAAAGGUCAACGGCUUCUCAUAUCCUGACAUACCUCCAGGUCUACCGCCUCUGGAUCCUAUCAGUGAACGUUUGGUCUCACCGCGGCUUCCAUUUAUGCAAGUGCGUCGACUGCGUCAUGAUUUCUCUUAUGGAAUUAUUGGACAAGUGAUAAACGUCCCAGUCAACGUACAAGACAUGGUAAAAUGCUUGCCUCGCCAUCUAGAAGAGGACGAUGUUAUCAACGUUAACAUCAAAAGGAAUCUUGCACACAAAACAAAUUACAUCAGCGGGUACAUGUCUAAGCGUACGGUCAAAGAAUGGUUAGAUGUACUUCAAAAUUCAAGUCUAUAUCGUUUGUACGAUAUCAAAAUAGAUUUGUCAAGACUGCAGCCUGCAUUGCCAUCAGAUGAAGGCCUUCAAGAUGAUCCUGCUAAUCGGAUCGAAGCAAUCUCCGCCGAAUAUACACCCGAGUCUGAAGUUCUUGCUGCGAGACAGCACACAUUACUGUGGAAUGAAGAGGAUUGUCUUGACAUCGCACCAGGACAUCGGGCAACGCCUCUUAACAUCAUUUAUGACCGUCAUGCAGAAGAACUAUCAUUUCCCGCGAUAUACUUCGGGGAGCCCCGCCGUUUCAACAUGAACAUUUCAGUGACACCGUCCAUGAUGGCGACCAGUGAAAUACGACGGAGUGACAGGCGUGGAGCCACGCCUCAAAAAGUCUUAUACGAUGCAAUGAAGAUUCUACGUCUGCGAAUGGUCGAUGGUAUUUACAGCACAUUCCGAAGUGUUUCGAUCACAGAGAGCGUAACUCGACGCAUGUUAGAGGAUCCGGAGUUUCGCAAAGAAUUCGUUGUGCAGAAUCUCGCCUUUAUGAAGUCGGUGCCAAACUCUGUCCAGUACUGGGCCUCUCGUAAACGAGAUCUCUUCGCUAUGCUCCGUCAACUUGGUAAGCCGACCAUCUUUCUCACUCUUAGUGCAAACGAGGUACGCUGGUUAGUAUUGCUGAAUUUACUGCUCAAGUUGAGCAACAAAUAUCCUGGCAAAGUCGCCGAAGAUCUCAACACAUCAGAGCGGUGCAACUUGGUGAGUGACGAUCCAAUUACAUGUUGCAUAUAUUUCCACAAACUCGUUGGUACAUUGAUGAAAAUGCUGAAAUCAAAACAGUCAUACAAUCCAUUUGGCCAGUACUACGUGGAGGAUUAUUUCCUUCGCAUUGAGUUUCAACAUAGAGGAAGUCCGCACGCUCACAUUUUACUGUGGUUACACGAUGAUCCACAUGAGACUGUGUCAGAAAAUAUGCCGAAGACCAUCGAGCUCGUGGAGAAGCUGAGUUCCGUCGCCAAAGAAGAUGUGCCCAACGAUACCAUCUACGCCAAUCAAAUCCACAAGCACACUUUCACCUGCACGAAGCGAGGCGAAACGACUUGUAGAUUUGGGAUCCCGUACUGGCCAAUGCUCACUACCCGUGUAUUGAUCCCAAUGCCUCAAACUGAUGGACGCCGCAUAGCAUUCCAAAAAAAGGCCAAGGAGCUACGCAACUGUCUCAGCGAACGUACAUACGCUAGCAUGGACGACUUUCUUAGGGAGCAUAGUUUGACAUUCGAUGCAUAUCUUGACGUAGUGCGUUCAACUUUGCGCAGACCAUCUAUGUUGUUCAAACGCAACUUCGACCAGCUUAUGACGAACACAUUCAACCCUUACCUCGCUGGUGAAAUCAAAUCCAACAUCGAUAUCCAGUUUAUCUUGGAUGAAAACAGCUGCGCACAGUAUGUCGCGGAAUAUGUGAACAAAUCAGCUCGUGGAAUGGGUAACUUGAAUCGUGAGCUGACUAAGAUGAUGGAAGAGCAUCCUGACCGGGACUACACGGGCCAAUUGAAAGCAUUGAGUGUCAAACUUCUUAAUGCAGUUGAAAUGUCAGCUCAAGAAGCAGCAUGGUAUUUACUACGGCAACCGAUGAGCGAAACGAGCCGUCAAAUUAUGUACAUACCAACAGUUUGGCCAUCGGAAAGACAACGCUGUCGCAAACGUCGGAAACAAAUGGAUCGCGAAAACAUCGGAGCAGACAGUACAGAUGUAUUUACCAAGAACAUCAUUCAGCGAUAUGAAGAGCGACCUCCCUCUCUGGACUCUUCAUAUUUGGCCGAGUUUGCUUCGUAUUACGCUGAUUAUCAUGAUUUCAUCGACAAUGAAGAUGACGUAGAUGUGCAAGAAGACGAAAUUGAAGAACCGGUGACCGAGGAAAGGACAACUGUGGGAAGGACGACAUCAAAUGAACACCGCAGACGAAAAAUUGGACGAAUAAUACGAUACAGACGCUACGAAAUAGAUGAAACUGUUAAUUAUCAACGUGAAAUGGUAUUGCUGUUCUUGCCUUUCCGCAAUGAAAUAGCUGACAUUGUUGAUAGCAAUAAAUUUCUACAACUGUUCAAUGAUAACAAGGAUACCAUCAUGGAACGCCGCCAGCUGUUCGAAAACAAUCUCAACAUCGACAGUGUGAUGCAAGAGCUUGAAGCUAUGAUGAUUCUACAAAAUUCAGACAGCAGAGAACCACCAGAAAUUGAGGAAAGGAGAGUGUUUGUCGAGCAGGUGUUAGGAGGAGAACGAUGAU